UGCGGGGUCAGCGGUGGCACCCUGUGCCGGGCCCAAGGCCCGGGCACCAAGUGCCCGGGAGGCUCGCAAAGUCGGGACGAAAAGCCUCCCCGAGUCACGACUCCGCGGCCUGCGCCACCCGUCAGGCCACCCAGCGGACGCGGCGGGACCCUGAUCUCCGCGGAACGCAGUUUCCCGCCAACGCGAGGGCAGGGCCGCCAGCCGCCGCGAGGGGGCGCUGCGAGAGGCGCGGCGCCGGCGGGCCCAUGGCGUCCCCGGGUGGUGGCUCCCUUGGCCUCUUGCUCUGGCUCCUGCUCUUCCAGCCGCGCCUUGGUGGGGCGCAGGGCGAGUCGGCGCCGUCCCCACCCUCCCCGUCCCCCUCGGGGGGCGGCCGCGAGGACCGCCGCGAGAGCGUGUCGAGGGUUGGGGGAUCUUCUGCGACCCCCGUGCCCCAAGAGGCUGCCGCUUCCCCACAGGUGGCAGCGGUCACCCCCGUUGACCCUGGUUCCUACAGGGCUGCGGCCAUUCCUCAGCCAGCAGCAAGGUCGCUGUUUCCUGCAGGAUGCGGCCACAGGUCUAUGAGGAUAGUUGGUGGAAUACCCGCCCCAGAGAGGAAGUGGCCCUGGCAGGUGAGCCUGCAGAUCAAGGAUAAACAUACGUGCGGAGGCUCCCUCAUUGCCAGCCGGUGGGUGCUGACCGCUGCCCACUGCAUAUUUGGCCACGUGGAGUACACCGUGAAGAUGGGAGACAUCCACGUGAACCAUACCUCCAGGAUGGCCAUCCAGGUGCCGGUCCGGGACAUCGUUAUUCACAAAUAUUACAAUCCUGUUGGAAGCAUUGAGAAUGACAUUGCCCUCAUCCUGCUGGAGUUCCCUGUGAAUUUUUCCUCGCACAUCCAGCCCGUGUGCCUCCCUGAAAAGAUGUUCAUGGUGGAAGCUGGUAUGGAGUGCUGGGUGACUGGAUGGGGAAAACGAAAAGAAACAGAUAAACCCGAAGAUGCUCCGGAACAACUUCAGGAGGCCAAGCUAAACAUUGUGCGUUACGAGGAGUGCAAUAGGGCACUCAAGGAACAGAUGGAAAGUGGUAGUGACCUAGUGAAAAAAGGGGCUGUCUGUGCUUACAGUUCCCGAGGAAAGGACACCUGCCAGGGAGAUUCUGGGGGCCCCAUGGCCUGUGAAUUUAAUGAAACAUGGGUCCAGGUGGGGAUUGUGAGCUGGGGCUUUGGCUGUGGUCGCAGAAAUUUUCCCGGAGUUUAUACAGAAGUUAGUUUCUACAAGGACUGGGUCAUUGAUCACUUGAGUCAGGCUUGCUGUUGGGACUCAGCAGACUUCUUCAUACUUCUGUGCGUGAUGCUGCCCCUGGGCAUCCUGGUGGCCCCGGAGGCAGCCGACCUGCCAGGUAGAGCCCGGUGCUUCCCUGAUGCCUUGGAGAGCCUCUACCAAAGAAGAGACCUCAUGAACAGUGAGACAGCAUUCGACCUGGCUGUGGUCUCAGGCUUUCACCUGAGAGUGAGCUUGGCGAUUGUGCAGACAGAGCCAGGCGGUGUCACCACGGCCCUGCUGAGAUGCCUUCCCGGGUUGCCUAGCCUUAAUGUUCCUUUCUUGUGCUUUCUGUAUCUUUUCAGACUCUCAAAUCAAUAUAAAUUGUCAGCCUUUCGAAUGCACCGAGCCCGGGGAGGGGACCAAGGGUGCGGUCAGAGGCUGGGUGACCAGGUGGCCUCACAGGUCCUGGGAAUUCGGGCGGGCCUUCACUACCCAGACUGGGGGGGACGCUGUCACCAGCUUAAAGCAAUUGGGAGUGUUUUCAUGGGCUUGGCCACCCGGGGGGCAAUCACAGAUCAGGGGCUCCGAGGUCAUUUUCGAGGAAGAGGCACGAGGUGUGCCAGCGCAGAUGCCGGAAACGCGCCCGUGGGCGUCGGGGAACGCUUGGCGCGUUGUCACGUGCUGGGGGCCCCAUCACGUGACCUGACCCCCGUCACGUGCUGGGGGCGCCCUCGUGCGUCAGGGGCGCCCUCACGUGUCGGACUCGCGGCGCCGCGUGCCUGGGCCUGCAGGUGGCACCUCCCGGGCCUCAUGGCCGCCUCGCCGCCACCCAGCUGCGCUGGAGCCUCGGGGCCCUGGGGCCUGAGCCGCCGCCUCCUCCUGCUGCUGCUGCUGCCGCUGCUGAACUCGGGUUAUAAAGAAAACAAUUCCAUACCAGUUUGUGGCAGACCCUGGUGGUCGGAAGAUUUGGACAUGACCCGACAUUGGCCCUGGGAGGUGAGCCUCCGGCUGGAAAAUGAACACAUAUGUGGAGGGGCCCUCAUUGAUCUCAGCUGGGUGGUGACUGCUGCCCACUGCAUCCAAGGCACCAAAGAGUACUCUGUGAUUCUCGGCACCCCCAAGCUGAAGCCCGUGGACUUCCCGAAGGGCGUCUCGAUCCCCGUGAAGGACAUCAUCAUGCACCCCAAGUACUGGGGCCGGACCUUCAUCAUGGGUGAUCUUGCCCUUCUCCAGCUUCAGACUCCCGCCAUCUUCGGCAAGUACGUGCAGCCCAUCUGCCUGCCAGAGGCCAGCUACAACCUGAAGGUUGGGACGCAGUGCUGGGUGACUGGCUGGGGCCAGGUGAAGCAGCGCUUCUCAGCCAACUCCACGCUGACCCCAGAGCUGCAGGAAGCCGAGGUGUUUAUCAUGGACACCAAGAGGUGCAACCGGAUUUACCGCAAGAAGUCCCUCAUCCCCCACCUUGUCCCCCUCGUCCUGGGGAACAUGGUCUGUGCCACCAAUUAUGGAGAAAACUUGUGCUCUGGGGAUUCUGGGGGUCCGUUGGCUUGCGAAGUCGAGGGCAAAUGGAUUCUGGCUGGGGUGUUGUCCUGGGAAAAGGCUUGUGCCAAAGCGCAGAAUCCUGGCGUGUACACCCGUGUCACCAAAUACAGCAAAUGGAUCAAGCAGCAAAUAAGUAAUGGGGCUCUCUCAGGCCCCCAAACCUCUGCCUGGCUUCUACUCCUGUUCUGGCUGCUGCAGCCCCAGAUGGGCCCUUGAUCUCUCUUCUCUCUUCUCCCUGCUUUGCCUGUGCUUUAUGGGUCCAGGUCAAAGUUAGACCCAGUUCCUGUGUCGGUAUUCAACAAGAGUCAAGGUGGGGAGAGUGGCCCCCGGGAGGAUGGGGCCCUGCUUUGGCCUCCCCAUGGGGAGGGAUGCGGUGGAUGACUAGGCCUUGGGUGACCAGGAAAAGGGACGUGUGGCCUGGAAGAGCUCUGGAAUUGGGGGCCAGGAUAGCCGGGAUUAAAUUUGUGCAAAUGUGA